CAAUUCGUCGUUUUGCGAACCGCCUCCUGUGCUCCUCACUAGAACAGACAGAAGUUGAACAUCACAGGUUACAGUCGGUGAAAGGAGCUGGUGUCUGUCGUUGGAGAUCUUCAGGUGGGAUCGCCAAAGGACAUCUUGAAAGUGGGAAAUGUGUCCGGAGCAUCACUUAAAGUUUCAUUCGCAAGGAUGGAGGGACUGGACAUGUACACUGUGGAGUCUUCCCCUGUGAAACAAACUGUUUCCGUCUCAUCAGUCACUGAACAUCCUCUAAUCCAGAAGAAGGACCCGUUCACCAUGCUGGCCAGCCAGAUCCGCUCUAACACGUUCAAUAUCUCAUCCCUCUUGGAGGAAAAGAGCUUAGCAUUGGACAGAAAAAAUUGUCAGCCAAUCAACAUUCAGAUGGCACUUCUAGCCAAUCACUUGAGUUGUGACAAUCUGGGCAUAAAGACAUCAGAGGCCUUCACCAGGAAGACAGACCACCAUAAUUUCACGGGAGACCAAAAACAUCACGUCACAUCAGGAAGAAAUAAAGUUAGAGAUGACUCCCUUCGAAACAGGAAGUAUCCUUGCCCUCUGUGUGGGAAGCGCUUCCGGUUCAACAGCAUCCUGUCCCUGCACAUGCGCACCCACACUGGUGAGAAGCCGUUCAAAUGCCCAUACUGUGACCACAGGGCAGCACAGAAAGGCAACUUGAAGAUCCACCUGCGCACCCACCGCCUGGCCAUCCAGAGUAAGGGCUUAGGACACGACAGGGAGGAGAGCCAUCUUCUGCGGGAGCUGGAGCAGCGUGCCGUCACCAGAGAGAAGCAAGCAAACUGCACAAGCCCACCCAGCAGCACCGUCUUAAACUACAACUCCCAGAGUUCUCCAGGAGUUCUCUGCGAUGGGAAUCCGAAUCCAUCACAGUCCCGUCCACAUUCAGUUCCGUCUAUUCAGGAGCAGCCGCUCCCGAUCCAGCAGCAGAUCUUCCGAUGCGGGUUCUGCAAAGGAAAGUUCCGGAAGCAGGAGGAGUUGGAACGCCACAUUCGGAUCCUGCACAAGCCCUACAAGUGCACCUUCUGCAAGUUCGCCGCCGCCCUGGAGAGCGACCUGCUGCAGCACGUGGACAAAGUCCACGUCGUCUCGACGACGGCGACGCCGCCAUCCCCCCAGGUGGUGUUGCAAAAGGAUAUCAGCAAGGAGCAGAGUCCCACGCAAGCCUUCCGGUGCGAGGUGUGCGGCCAGGCGUUCAAGCAGGCCUGGUUCCUCAAGGGCCACAUGAGGAAGCACAAGAACUCGUACGAUCACAGCUGCGGUGUCUGUGGCCGCCGCUUCAAGGAGUCCUGGUUCCUCAAGAACCACAUGAAGGUGCACCUCAACAAGCUGGCCGCAAGAGGGACCCCGCCGGGACAUGGACGCGCGUAUGCCACCCACAUCGGCAACAAUCGAGAGAUCCCCUGCAGGCUUCAGUCACAGUUCAUCUCCAGGCUGCACAACGAGGUUCUCCUCGCCGUUCUCUCGGAGAGGCAGAAGGUUCUAGCGGAGGCAGGGAUUGAACUGAACAGCCAAAAGGUGCUGGAGAAACUCCUGCUGCCAGUAGCUGGACAGAAUCACAGUUUAGCGGCAGAGGACUCACAGCCAGUGGUCACAGACCUACCAGCAGAGAAGCCCUCACACUCGCAACCACCACACAAACCUUCUAAAGUGCUGAACGUGGACCAUGGGGGCCAUACGCAGGGAGAGGAGCUAGCUGUAGGGUUGUAUUCAUACGCAGACCAGCUGAGUAUGUUGCAAAAUGACAUAGAAAUCACUGAGAACCUCAUGAUGAGAGGUGAAGUGGACUGCUCGGCAGAAGACCCGGUACACAAUCAAGUGGUCAGCGGAAGCUGGCGUCCCGACAGAAGCAGCAGUAACGUGGGCUUCAGGACAGCGGUUUCCGGCCGCUGGGGAGGCUGGACGGGGCGGCCCAGCGAGUGCCCGGACUGCGGCCGAGUCUUCAGGACCUACCACCAGCUGGUCCUCCACUCGCGGGUACACAAGAAGCAGCGGCAGCUGAGGGGACAGGAAACUCCCUCCGGCUGGACGAUGCUGAACGGAGGCGGCGGUGCUCCCCAAGACCGAGCCCAGCUCCUAGCUGCCUUCAGCAAGCCAGGUGAACCACAAGGGUGCCGCGCGACAGAUGGUAAUGCUGCACCAGGAGACCCCCCCGCAGAGGACAAAUCCAGCCAAGCUUCCCCUCACUCCUUCAUUCCAUAUGCAGGUCAGGCUCCUCAGGCCAGAGGUGGCCCUGGUUGGAAGGAGUGCUCCGUGUGUGGGAAGAUCUUCCGUACGGCUCAACGCCUUAAGGUGCACAGCCGAAUCCACACAGGUGAGAAGCCGUACAAGUGUCCUUUCUGUUGCUACGCUGGCAGCCAGUUUACGUCCCUCAAGUAUCACCUGCAGCGUCACCACAAUCAGCCACCAACCCCCCAUCACCAUGGAGACGACCCCUGCAAACCCUGGGCACCAGGCACAGUCAGGGGGUGUGAUGAUGAUGAUGAUGAUGAUGAUGAUGACGACCCGACCCUGGAGCCACAGCAGGAACCCCUGGACCUGUCCAUCAAAAGGGAGGGCGGGGCUGAGACUGACCGAACACCCCCAGCCUCUCGCAGCCUCCAGCCUCCUCUCCGAGUGUCAUCUCUCCACCUGGCACCUCCUGCCACUUUCUCCAUCUUCUCCUCCCUCCCCUGCUCCUCUGCAGCCUCUCUCACAGCCUCCUCCACCUCCUCCUCCCCUUCCCUAACAGAGGCCAGUUCUCCUUUCAAUGUCUCCUCUUUAGUGCCGUCCUCUCUUUUCAACAAGCCUCCAUUUGUAUCCACCCUGGUGUCCACCUCUCCAUUUCCCACUCUCUACGGCUCCUCUCCGUUAAGUGUCUCUUCUGUCGGUUCUUCACCUCCUUUCUCGCCUCUCUAUCCAAACUCUCCCUACAGCCUUUCAAACAUCACCUCCUCCUCCUCCUUUAGCAGUUUCUCCCUCUUGCCGAACUCCUCGGUCAUCACCUCCCACAGAGCAGCUGCUUCCUCCUCCUGUGACUCCUGGUCUGAUGUCACUUCCUCUGUCUGUGCGUCUUCUCUCUGCGCCCCCGUCCAAACCAGCGCUCCCUCCUCCUCUCUCUCAGUGUCCCCCUCUCUCUCCACCUCCCCCUCUCUGUCGCUCUCUUCCUUCGCUCAGUUCAGCAGCAGCGCCCCUUUCUCUGUCUGCACCUCCCUUCCUGGUUUCACCUCCUCCUCCAGUCACCCCUCCCUCUGCUCCUCCUCUCUGGGUCAGGAGAAAGUGAACGGUUAUGGCGGUCCUAAGACGAUGAGGAUGGGCAGUGACCCGUUGGGAGCGGAUGAGAAAGAGGACUCCACCCCUGAAGAGGUGACCAAGGGAUCUGCUAGGUCCUCUAUGGGCCUACCUGAACUCCUAAUCUCACACUGGGGCAGAGACGCUAAACUGGACAACCCCGGGAAGGGGGAAGAUGCUGUCCUCUCUAGAUGCAGAGAAACUGGUUCAGUGGGAUUGUUUUCACAGAACGCUGGUCAUAGCCCACUGCCCUGCAUGGAUGUGGGAGGCCACGGGGUUGGGCUGAUAGUGUCCAAAUCUGGACAGGCAGCUUCACUAGAACACUGACACAUCCAAGUGUCUAUUCUGACUGAAAACAGGCGUCUACAGGUACUCAUGUGAGAAUACAGUUGAUUACAUUGUUGUUACAGUGAUUAUGAAGUAUAUGUUUAUUGUUAUGUUGGUGACUAUGAUGAUUAUAGUUGAAGAUGUGAUGAUGUUUGUGGUAAGAUAAUGUAUCUGGAUGAGUGGCACCCACACGGUAACCCAAAGGUGUCCAGAGAUCAGCAUGGCUAUCAGGUAAAAUGGUCCCUGCCUCACUGAUUUACACUUGGGAACUGGAUUUGUGUGAUUGUGUAUGUUACUUCUGCAUAAACCUUGCUGUAGGCAUCAGUGUGUACAGUAUAUGAGAGAAGACUGGGGCUUCUGGUCUGUAUUUGUGGAGCUCAAUAAAGAAUUUGUGUGGGUU